AUGUCUAUCUAUCUAUCUACUACUACUACUACUACUACUACUACUACUACUACUACUACUACUACUACUACUACUACUACUACUACUACUACUACUACUACUACUACUACUACUACUACUACUACUACUACUACUACUACUACUACUACUACUACUACUACUACUACUACUACUACUACUACUACUACUACUACUACUACUACUACUACUACUACUACUACUACUACUACUACUACUACUACUACUACUACUACUACUACUACUACUAGUAGUAGUAGUAGUAGUAGUAGUAGUAGUAGUAGUAGUAGUCCUGAAAAAUAUUGAAUAAAUUAAAUAGAUGAAUUACAGUUAACUUUACCUAGAAUUUCUGUCUAAAGCAAAUCAAAUAAAUUCCUUAAGUGAAUUUUUACACCAUACAAUGAUAAAACUAUGUAUACUACUUAUGUAUGUACAUCAGUAGAUAGGUAUGUAUGUGUAUGUAUUUAUGUAUUCAACACAUGCAUAUAUAGAACAUAAUGUAUAAGCACUCCAUACCCUCACCCCUCCCAAAAAAUUUGUACAUGAACAAUCCGACAAACUAUAUACAUAUGUACAUAGUAACAACUAACCUAUGUCUAGGCUUUUCUAUCAUCCUAUCAAUAAGAAUCAUCAUCAUCAUCAUCAACAUC